GUGCUGACCUCAGCACAAAUAAAAUCAAUUUGUCUGGCCAUACUAGAAUCAGGAAAGCAGUAUGCAGUGAAGAAGAGGAAACCGUUCCCACUCAUGUAUUCCUACUAUGGAACAGAGUAUCUUGGUGCAGCUCAUGGGCUUUCAUCAAUCCUUCAGAUGUUGCUUUCCUAUUAUGAGUACCUGCAGCCAGCAGAUCAGGAGCUUGUGUGGCAGAGCGUUGAUUUUCUUAUGGACCAAGAACAGAACAGCAACUGGCCUCCUGAGCUGGGAGAGACAAUCGAGCGGGAGAAUGAGCUUGUACACUGGUGUCAUGGAGCUCCAGGCAUUGCAUAUCUGUUUGCCAAAGCUUACCUGGUUUCCAAGAAGCCUCAAUAUCUGGACACUUGUAUCCGCUGUGGAGAGCUAACUUGGCAGAAAGGCCUGUUGAAGAAGGGACCUGGAAUAUGCCAUGGAGUGGCUGGUAGUGCUUAUGUGUUCCUGCUGCUGUAUAGGCUCACUGGAAACUCAAAAUACAUUUACAGGGCACAAAGGUUUGCAGAGUUCUUAUUUACAGAAGAAUUUAAGGCUGGUUCCCGGGCAUUAGAAAGUGUAUAUAGUCUGUAUGAAGGCUUCUCGGGAACUGUGUGUUUCCUGACUGACUUGCUGCAACCCAACCAAGCUGAGUUUCCUCUCUUCAGUGUCUUUGUCUAGAGAGUAACAUUCUGAAUGGCCA